AGUCUUGCACAGGUGUACCGGCUCCUCCCCAUCAGUCUUGCACAGGUGUACCGGCUCCUCCCCUUCAGUCUUGCACAGGUGUGCCAGCCCCUCCCCUUCAGUCUUGCACAGUUGUACCAGCUCCUCCCCUUCAGUCUUGCACAGUUGUACCAGCUCCUCCCCUUCAGUCUUGCACAGGUGUACCGGCUCCUCCCCUUCAGUCUUGCACAGGUGUACUGGCUCCUUCCCUUCAGUCUUGCACAAGUGUACUGGAUCCUCCCCUUCAGUCUUGCACAGGUGUACCGGCUCCUCCCCUUCAGUCUUGCACAGGUGUACUGGCUCCUUCCCUUCAGUCUUGCACAAGUGUACUGGAUCCUCCCCUUCAGUCUUGCACAGGUGUACUGGCUCCUCCCCUUCAGUCUUGCACAGGUGUACCGGCUCCUCCCCUUCAGUCUUGCACAGGUGUACCGGCUCCUCCCCAUCAGUCUUGCACAGGUGUACCAGCUCCUCCCCUUCAGUCUUGCACAGGUGUACUGGAUCCUCCCCUUUAGUCUUGCACAGGUGUACUGGCUCCUCCCCUUCAGUCUUGCACAGGUGUAC